GCUGCUUCCAUUACUCAACAUCAUUAUGCUGCCCACUACAACAAAACUCCCAAAAAUACUUCCAAGCUCACUGGCCAACAAUGGUUGAACGAGCUUCUGGCUGGCCAUCCUCAGCAUUUUUAUGAUGCAAUGGGAAUGAAUAAACAUGUAUUCCAGGCCCUUCUCCAUGAGCUAAUCAAACAUGGCCUUCAUAACACAAGACAUGUUUCAGCUGAAGAGCAGCUCAGAAUAUUCCUGUAU